AUGAGCAGGAUCACACCUGCUGCCUUACAGGGCCCUUCACCAGGCCUUGAGGCCCUUCCUCCCACGAUUAUCGAGGGUAUCUGCCAUAAUCUCAUGCCGACGCACAAAGGUCCGAUGCAACCCAACGAGACUAGUUAUACAAAGUACAAGCUAGCUGCAAUGUCCGGCAGAAAAUACGCCGGGUCAGUCCGAAUCCAACGACUCUUCCAUGAACCACGCGCCGACGAGGCCAGACAGGACGCUCCGGCACUAUGCAAGCAGGCGCCCAUGGGAGUCACUGUUAAGAGUGACCCCUACUACGAAGAUUUAGAGCAACAUGUCCGGAUGGUCGAUGAAAAGAUGAUCUAUAUCCGUUACAACGACGACGCAGAGCACAUGCCCCGCGAUCGUAUCAACCACCUGGGCAAUUUUGCACGCACCUGCAAGCUCUUCUCCGACCACGCACGCAGCGUUGCUAGAAACCAUACCUUCGAGCUCUCGAUCAGCCCCUAUGGUGUGGCUUUCGAAGGUUAUCGUGACGGAGUCCUUGGGGAUAUGGGGCCCACGAAGCUAGAGGAACACGACAUUUGGUGGACCCAAGGCCUGGGGGAGCUGCCGUUUCUGCCUUCAAGGGAUGCCAUUCAAUGGGGAGUUGGGAUUCCCCGAGGCACUGUUCCCGGAAACCUCGCAUUCGGCAAAUUCGUGCAGAUGUUGCCUGUCAUAAGAAGAUUGAGCAUCAAACUCGACGUUUCCGAACGCACUCGGCGAUUCGGCGACCAAUGCAAAGCGCGGUUCUACGCUGAGCAAAUCUGCCAUUGCCUGGUAAUGUUUCCAGACCCGCACUUUCGCAAGAUCGAAGUAGGAGUCAACUUGCAUUUUGGUCACCCGAUUCUGAAUCAGACCAAGGAGCCUGGAAAGCAAGACGCCGAUCGAGCUGCAGCCACGUGCAGGUACAUGGCUAUGAAGCUUUCUCAGCUUAAAGAACGAUGCGAUUGUCGACCAGAGUCCGAGGGAUUCCUCCAGCGACCGCUGGAGAUCGAAUGGACAACCAAGUUUACCUGCGCACCAAGUUACAGCCUCGAAGCAGGCAAGCUGGAGAAAGCACUCACUUUGAGGGAACAUGUGGCAAAGUUCAGCGAAGUGUUCAAACGCGAGACGGCUGGAGUGUUGACCACGGGGCGGACGUUUACUAGGGUCUCUUGGAUACAGGAUGAUCUAUGCGAGGAGAACGUUGGUGCGCAAAACAGAAAGUACGACCAAGUCACGGGGUAG